AUGCUUAACGUAGAAACUGAUGCUGAUGGCGUAAUUACAAACGCACGAGCAUUGAGUACAAAUUUUCGUUUAAAAAAUAAUUUUCGUCCUGAUAUUUUCGAUCAGUUUUCAGAAAAAUUUAUUGAAAAUAUGAAUGCGAGACGUUUAAUGAUUGAGAAUACCUUAAAUGUAAAUCUUAAUUGGUGGUCUUACCGAGAAUUUAUUGAUUCCGUCAUUAUGGGAUUGCGCAGAGUGCACUGCUUAUUAUUUGCAUCUGCAGCGAUUCUGUUGUUCGCUUGCUUAAUUGCAAGUUUUGGGGUUAAUGGAUAUCAGAGUAAGCCAAUUUUGGGAUCAGUUAUUGGGCUAAUUUUGCUCGUUUCUUGCCUUGCUGGUUUCUUCGUUCAACUUACCGGUGUAGGUUAUGUCAAUGCUAUCGUUUUUCCCGUUUUUUUCAUUCUGAUUGGUAUUGGCUUAUUAGCGUUAUUUACGUUAGAAAACACGUGGUCAAAGUAUUCAAACGUAGCAUGUGAUCCAACUGAAAAGCUAUCUUUGAUUCUAAGUUGGGAUGCUCCGUGUACUGCUGUUACUGCACUUAUUAUUAUUAUUUCUUUCGCCUUAAUUGGUUCAACGACAAAAAGUCCAUAUUUGCAAUAUCUGUCAUUUGUGUUAUCAGCAGGCGUUGCAGUUUUACUUAUUUUUGCUCUACUCUUUUUUUCCGUGUUUUUAUACGUGACAGGUCGACGUGAAACUAAAGGAGUUAAAUGGUAUCAAUGCUUUCGCUCUGGUGACACGCAUUUCGCACCCCAAACAUUUAAUGAAUUCACUGAUGCCAAUAUUGAAAUACUUCAUGAAAAGCUAAUAGAUUCUAAGCCAUCAUUUUCAAGAGCAAUUGCCACUGCAAUGUCCAUUUCAUACCUUAGAUGUCCAGUUGCUUUUGUCUUUGCUAUUUAUUUAGUUCUUGCUUUUUGGGGCUGCAAAGAUGUUCGAAUAGACCUGAAAGAAGAAUAUUUCUUACCUGAGGACAGUCAACCACAAGUAUUUAUGCAAAACUAUCGUCGAGAAUUCGGUCGUUAUGAAGAAUAUCUCGAGUUGGUUUUCGAUGAACCUAUCGACUAUUUUGAUCCACAACGAAAAGAAGAUAUUCUGUCGAUUAUAGAAUGGCCAGUUCAAAAUCAGCUGGCUACACGAUCAGUAAGUUGGCUGAAAGAUUUUAGUCGAUUUGAAAGCUCAACCAUUUAUGAUAUAAAUCCGGACACAUUCGUACCAAUUAUUGGUAUUGUAUUUUUGACCGCUGAAAACUACAAAAAAUAUCAAAAUGAUAUAAUUUUUGACAAAUUUCAAACGCGUAUCAUUGCUUCAAGAAUGUACGUGGAGCUCAGUCCCAAAGGUGUUGAAGAAAGGCUUUUACUUAUUGAUGGCUUAUUGAGUAAAGCUCGAUCCGUUGGUUUAUCAUUAAUUGUGAAAACGCCAUUUGCAUUCUCAAUUCAGCAUGAUCUACAAGUGAUGUCUACAGUAAUUAUAGCAUUUAGUUUACUUCUCUGUUGUGUUUGUACCUUAUCGUUGUUUCUUUUUGGAAUACCAUCCCUAACAGUACUAGUACUUUUAUCAAAUUUGUCAGUUAUUAUCGGAGUGGUCGGAUUUGCCACUUACUGGACGGUUCCAAUUAAUAUUAUUACUUUGUCCUUAGCUUUGGCAGGUAAUGCUCUCACAACUACUAUUGUUUCAUAUUUCUGCUAUAACUUUGCAACUGCUGGAAAAAUGCAGAAAACUGGUGAACAGCGUUCAUGCUUGUUACCUAUCACACUGGCAUGUUUUGUGCCAAUUUUGACUUAUAUACCGUUGUUACUGUCAGGAUUACCAGCAGUUAUGCAUAUUUUUAAAAUAUUGACGCUUACUUCGCUCAUUACUUAUAUUCAUUACUUAUUUUUCCUUCCCAAUGUUAUGAUAUUUCUAACUGAACAAAUUCCAUCAUUUUGUGCAUCACUGCAAGAUAUUUGCGAUGAAUGUUGUUGUUAUUGUUUUGAUAUUGAAGAGGAUUCUGGCAGUAUUUAUUACAUUCCAACUGCGAGUCGCAAUGGUUCACAGCAACUGAAUGGUUUAACGAGACGAUAUUCAUAUGCACUUACGAUGCCACCAACUACUACACGUGGCAUGUUACUACCUACUGCUACAGCAGGUUAUAUUCCGGUAGCUGCUACUACCGUCGCACCCAUUUUGGUACCUGACGUACUUCCAUACCAAUCUAAUCAUAUUACUACCAUUGAAAACUGUCAGUCGUAUAAAAAUCGAAGACGUGAAAAUGGUAAUGAGAAAUCUGUUAGUUCGCCGUCAUCGCCACGUUUAACUUUACUUAGCCGUGAAACAACAAGAAGUGAACGAAGACGAAAAACCACGGAGGAUUCAUCAAAUGGUGGAGAAUCAAUUUAUGAAGAACCACCUUCUCCGUCAUUAAAUGUAACAGAAUCGCCAGCACAGUCCAGACGAUGUGAAGGACGAAAAGCAGAAAGACGGCAAUCACAUUCAUCCAUUUCACGAUUUAAUUUACGAGGAGAUGAACGGACAGAACGUGAACCCGUAAUGGAACUUCGCUCAAACUGGAAGCAGUACCUUAUCAAUGGAGAUUUACGACAAACUACUCCAAGUAAUACUUCAAAUAAUACAAAGUCAAUUUCGACUUCAUCUUCUUGCGUUGCGCAGCCUAUGCUCUAUUACUCAACGCCUGUAUACCGGACUCAACCAUCACGUUAUUCCCGAGAUAAGAAAUUUUAA